AUGGCAUUCUCUUCCCGAUCUCUCCCUGGCCAUUUGCGCCAGGGCUCAGCGAGCAACGUCAACGCACAAUCGGCUGGUCAGUCUAGUGCCCUUCAAGCUCGCAUCAACGAAAAGAAGGCCGAACUUGAGAAUCUGCGCGACCUGAGAGACCUGAGCGCAGCAGUCGCCAAUCAGAUGGAAGCUCUCGAGCAGAAGCUCUCAACACUAUCAGAUGGAACCGAAGCAAUUGCAACCGUCAUGGGCAAUUGGCAUAAUGUGCUAAGGGCUAUCAACAUGGCGUCAGCAAAGAUCCCCAAACCUCGCGCACCUGCCGACCACGAAGAAGCUACCAGUGACGACCAACGACCAAACCCCCUACCACAAACAUUGGUUCGCAUUCCGACGGAGCACGCUCCUGCAUUGCACGCGCAAGCAGAAGUGCUCGAAAGCGACCAGAACUCUACUGCACCAUCUUGA